UCACAACAUUUUCGUUAAUUUCAAGUGCGGCGGCGAGAGUGAAUGUUGUUUUAUUUUUUGUGUUAGUGAAAAAUAAAAAAUGAAGUUUUUACUACUGAUGUUCCUUGUUCAUCAGUCUUCGGGCGUUAUUUAUCGUUUAAAUUUCUCGGAGUACAGCAAAAUGCCAGAGCUGUACCACAUGGACGAUUAUGACACGUGCAUCGUGGAGCCGGGGGGGACUUACUGCCUGAUCGACGCCGAUCUCUACUCGAAAGACAACUCCGAACUCAUGCAAAUGAUACAGGAUUACACAGCCUAUGAAGUGAAGCACUUUAACCAUACAGUCGUGCAUCGAGCGGUGUGCGUCCAGAAAACUUGCAAGCAGUUCAUGCAGAACAGGACUUUAGAAAACGGGGAGGACCUAAAAGCCGUCCUUGAGGCGUGCGUGGACGACCAGCUGUGGAAAGGAUACAAGCUUCAUGCCAGGUUAUCCGAAAUAACAUACUGCAAAAAACAUGGUGAAAAAAGUUCAUUCAGCAUUGGAGACUAUGUGGUCGGAGCUGUCUAUCUCAUAUUGAUCAUUUUGAACGCGGUUGGGACAUCAUACGACAUCCUGAUGGGCGAGAAACCAGGGAACCCGUACUUAAUGGCGUUCUCCAUGCGCAAAAACUGGCGUAAGCUGGUAGCGCCCAGCGGAGAGGGCCCAGAUCCUAGGCUCAACAGGCUCAAGAUUUUCAACGGCCUGCGGGCGAUGACGAUGAUUUGCGUGUUUUUCUCCCACACGGCUCUGGUACUUGCAUACUCCUACCUCAAGAAUCCUUACUAUAUCGAAACGUCAUAUGAUGAUCCUUCAAAAUACAUCUUGUUCAACGGCAACCUGGUGACGUACACGUUCUUCGUGAUGUCCGGAUUCCUCCUGGCGUUCAACUUCGAGGUGCAUGCCGAGAAGCACCGCGUCAGUCUGUGGGACUGGCCUAAGGGCAUGCUGAUGCGUUGGCUGAGAUUGACUCCAACGUAUGCGCUGGUCAUCUUCACCGUGAUGACCCUGAUGCGGCACCUGGGUGACGGGCCCCUGUGGCCUCACGUGGUGACCAGCGAGGCCGUCGCCUGCAACCAGUACUGGUGGGCGCACCUGCUGUACAUCAAUAAUUACAUCACCGACGACUCGCAUUGCUUCCCGCAGAGCUGGUAUCUGGCAGCAGACACGCAACUCUUCGGUCUGGGGCUGCUCGUAUGCAUCCUGUUCCGGAAGGCGCGUGCGCAGAUCAUCGCGCUGACCAUCUUGCUGAUCGUGUCGCUGGCCAUACCAGCAGCUCACAUGUACUUCCAAAACUUGGGGGCUGUGGUGCACCUUACGCCUGAAACAUACCGCACCCUCUUCCGCUUCAACGACACCUUCCGCAUCAUCUUCGUGGGCGGGCACACGAACAUGUCCACGUACGCGCUGGGCAUCGCGGGCGGACUGCUCGUCUACCACUUGCUGAAGAACGAGAAGAGCGUCUCUCAGAAGCUGCAGAAAUACCCCUGGCUCAUGUGGCUGGCGUUCCCCCUCGCCGUGGGCACCAUCUUGACCGGUGGUAUCUUCUACAUAGACGGCUUCGAACCCUCAAUCCUCGUGAAGAUGGUCUACGGCGCCACUCACAAGCCCCUCUUCCAGUGUAUCAUCAUCUUUAUUAUCAUUGCCUGCAUCUUUAAGGUUGAAACCAUGUACCGCGGCGUCCUGGAGUGGCGCGGCUUCACGUGGAUGGGCCGCGCGUCCUACGCCGGCUUUUUACUGCACUCGCUGUUCCAGCGCGGACUAGUUGGCUCGCAGAGACUGCCUUCCUACAUAUCCGACUAUAACAUAAUGGUGCUGCUAGCCGCCACUAUAUUCCUCGCGUUCGCCACAGGCGCGCUGCUUUGGGUGACGGUUGAAUCCCCCCUGGCCACAGUCACCAAGACCAUCCUGUUCCCACCCAGAAAGAGCAGGCCACCCAGACAGGAAGAUGAGACGGAAGAUGCGAAGGGAAAAGAUAUUAUAACCAAAGUAUAGAUUUAUGUUAGAUAUAGUUG